AUGGCUACCAAAUUAAACCUUUGUGAAACUGCGGAGGAGGGCUACCUUGUCUAUGAAUGCAACCGUAAGUGUAGCUGCAAUAUAGCAUGCCCGAAUAGGGUUUUGCAAAAAGGUGUACGUGUAAAACUGGAAGUCUUCAAAACCGGGAAUAAGGUAAUUAUUUCAACUUUUUGUUGCAUUCUAGAGUGGUGUCCUCUGACAUUGCUCAUGUUGAUCUUCAGGGCUGGUGAACCAAUUCUGAGUGGCACAUUUGUGAGUGAAUAUUUUGGGGAGAUCUUAGGCGAGCAAGAGGCAAACAAGAGGCUUACCAGGUAUGGUAGAGAUGGUUGCAACUAUAUGUUUAACGUUGGUUCUCAAAUAAAUGAUAUGAGCCUGUUAAUUGAAGGACAAGCACGAUAUUUUAUUGAUGCAUCCAAAUACGGAAAUAUUUCCCGGUUCAUCAAUCAUAGCUGCUCGCCAAAUCUUGUGAAUCAUCAAGUUCUUGUGGACAGCAUGGAUUGUCACCGAGCUCACAUUGGUCUCUAUGCCAGUCAAGAUAUAUCUGUAGGUGAAGAGCUGACUUUUGACUAUCGAUAUGAACUGCUGCCUGGACAAGGAUAUCCAUGUCAAUAUGGAGCUUCUACAUGUAGGGGCCGCCUUUACUAA